AUGCUUACAAGAUCCAUCCGUUAUCGUGCAUUCUCGGUGUCUGCAAAAUUCCAUGCAAAGAGAAGUUUCAAUCCUUCUGAUAGCACUGUUGAAACUGACGAUAUUCUAAGUGAAAAUAACCCGUGGUCUCCAACUAUUGAAGAUGAUCCCGUGUAUAUAAAAGAAGCCAACAAGAUUGGGAAAACCAAAAUGCCAGAAAAGUAUAGAUUGGCUUAUCUGCCGAUUUAUGAAGCUCCGGCUACUAAGUAUGUGUCGAUUUUAAAAAGAUUGACCUUGAGUGUGGGUGUUUUGGGUGUUUAUGGGGCAAAGUUGUUUUACGAAUCUCCUCAAUUUGAUGAUCUAUAUGCAUAUGCUACAUUGAUAGGGACUUUCACUCCGUUCACUUUGGUUCACUAUAAGACGAGGGACUAUGUCACAAGAAUCUUUAGAUUGUAUGAUAAAACUAAACCCCAGACGUUGGAAAACCUUGUCAGUGAUGAAAACCUCAUCAUGGAGAAACUAAACGUCACCGGUAGUAAAACAUACAAUGAAUUGUUAACUCUUACAGACAACAAGUCCUUGAAACUACUGCCACCACCGAAAUUCUACUCUCCUUAUGCUACAUGGGAAGAGAACAGAGAUGGACAAAAAAGAGAAUUCUAUGUUAUGGAUAACAUUGGUGGAAUUAAAAUGGAUAGAAUCUGGGGUUUAAUUGAAACCAAUAGUGGUGUGAAUAAUGGUAGGUCCAAUUGGUGA